AUGGGGAAAGGUACGCGGGGCAAGUCGUCCGCGUCCGCAGCCACACGCAAGAAGCAGGCCGCCAAGGCCGCCGCCAAGCAUGGCGGUGGUGAUGCGCCACCGCCGACGCAAAAAAGCGGCAAGAAAUUGUCCAAAAAAGAACGCCAGGCGCUCAAAACGAAGAGCUACGUUCCGCCGCCGAAGCCGCCGCAGCCCCCGCCGUUUCCGCUGGACUCGAUGGGCCUCGCGAGCCUGCUGCCGGCGGACCUGGUAGUACUGCUGCGCAAAGCGCUCAAGAAGGAUAUCGUGACGCGCGUGCGCACACUCGAAUCGCUCCUCGCCUGGAUCCAGGGCAAGCCGGUCGACGAGCAGGAAGUGCUCAGCGACGAGGAGCGCAGCAGUGCGCUCCUCAUCAUGAUUCCGUGCUGGGUGCACCUCUUUCCCCGCCUGGCACUGUCGCCGUCGCAGCGCCUGCGCUACCUCACGCUGCAGGUGCACAAGGAGCUCCUCCAGCUCCCCGAUGUGCGCGAAGAGCUGACUGGCGCACACAAUAUCGAGCCGAUUCUCGGAUUCUGGGCGGUACUUGCGCAUGAUACGACCCGCUCCGUCGCGCGCCUCGCCCUCCAGCUCUGGAAGGACUCGGUGUCGUGGGAGGGCAGCGAGCAGCCGCCGCGUGUGCCUCUCAAUGAAUAUACCACGACGCUCCUUGACCACCUGCGCCCGAUCCUCUUGACUGAGUCGGCGUCGGUCGCACUCGCGCACUCGACCGCAUCGCUGCAACUCUCGACGUCCAACGAGCCGCACCUCGACGCCAAGAGCCGCGACGAGACGAAUGUCGACGAAAGCGCCGACGAGCUCGACGCACGCCUCGUUGCAGGCGGCCUCGGCGCUCUAAUCACCCUGAUUCAAACCGCGCCGGAGCUCGAUGAGACGGAGCUCGAGUCGUUCGCCGAGUCGCCCACGCUCUGGACCUCGCUGCAGACGCGCACGUCGAUGGAGGAGAGCACCAUGCUUGGAAAUGAUGCGCCACUCGUCCGCCAGCGCGCUUGGGCGCUCCUUGCGCUGCUUAAUGCGCGUAUGCCAAAGCUCGUCGACGAGCACCUCGAUACGAUCAUGGCCCAUGCCUUUAGCGGUGCCUGGGCCGAGCGCAACGUUGCUGUGCUCACGGACAUGCUCGCAGCGCUCCUGCCGCUCUUGCGUCGCCGCCCGGAUGCGUGGGAAGAGGACGAGGACGAGGAAGACGAGGAUCCCUUCUCCGACUUUCUCACAUGGGCGCAACUCGCCGGCGUACAGGCGCCACGGGUCUGCUUCCCGGCUGUGCUCGUGUUCCUGUCGACCGUGCCGCCUUCGGUGCUUCCGCCGACGACCGAGGCGGCGGCCGAGGUCCUGCGCCCACUCGUCGCGCUCGCACACGUGCUUGUGCAGAGCACCGGCUCGAUCGAUCCCCUUGGCUGGGACGCGUACGCCUCGAUGGUGUGCGAGUGCAUUGCGUUCCUCGCGAUGCGCAUCCUGCGCACCGGCGACGACGAAGAGAAGCAAAGCGCCGUUGCACUUACCACCGAGCUGCUCUCGGUGGUGUGGGACGAGAUGGUGAUUGGGCGCGCUACCGACGUGCCGCGUAUACCGGCGCGCUUCUGCAAAAAGACGGCGCGCGAGUGGGGCCGGUGCCUCGUCAAGCUCGAUACCGAGGUGGAUGGCCAGUCGGUGCUCGAUGGCACGCUUGCGCAUGCGCGUCGCGACCUGGACGCCGAGUUUGAUCAUGCGGAUGAGGAGGCGACCCGGACCAGCCUCGACGCUGCCGAGGCGAUGGGCAAUGCGCUCACUGCUGCGCUCGACGCCGCCAAUGCACGCAAUCCGCCGCUGCCCACGCUGGCAGAGCGCAUAGUUGCGCUUGGCAGCCGUCUGAUCUUGCUGCUGUGCGCUGGUGCGGCAUGCUCGAUGGCCGCACUGCCGGUCCUCUCGAAUGUCCUCUCCUCGCCACUUGGUCAGGGCGCACACGAGGCCAAGGACGCGCUGCACAAGGUCGCUACGACGCAUGCCGCACAGGCCGCCGCCCCGGCUGAUGCCGCGGCAUUCUACGAGGCGUACAUGACGCUCGGCCAAGGCACUUCUGAUGUCCACGAUAUCUGGACCGCAGUGCUCGAGCAGAGCAUGCCGCCGCACUUUUCGAGCCUUCCGCUGCUCCUGCGCAUCGGACAGCACACGCCGCUGCCCGAUGUUGCAAUGCUUGCGCCGUGGCAGGCCUCGCUCAAGGCGUACCUCGCCGAGAACGAGCCCCCUCGCGACGUCGCGGCUGGCCUGCUGGGUGCGCCGCCUGCGCUGCUUGGCGACGCCGAGGACGCGGUACUUGCGGCAGCGGCUACACACGUCCAGCGCAGCGCCGACGAUGCAUGGGCCGCCGCACUCGGUCAAUGGCACGCAUACGCGCCGGAAGAGCGCACGGCCCGCUUCUGCUCGGAGCCUGCGCUGCAGCGCGCGCUCCCGGCCGUGUAUGCGGCCGGCUACCUUCACAAUGUGGCCCAGGCACGCGACCUGUGGAAUGCGGUCGCUUCGGCCGCCUCGCAACCGCUGGAUGCCUACGCAGUCAGUGCGCUGCGUGCGGCGAUCCUCAAAGGCGAUGUCCCUGCAUCGGCCGUCUUUGCGGCCGCUCGUACGCUGCCGGGCGACGGUGUGCCGAUUUUGCAGGUCCUUCCGGACAAGUCGCAGCUGGAUGCAGCGCUGCUGCUUGCGCUUGACACGCCCAUGGCCGAGUACCAUAUCCUGGAUCCGCUCAUACCGGUCAACCCGCUGCACGGCAACCCUGACUGGUUUGGCCUUGCAUCAGUGCUGCAUGCGUACCUUGCGGCGCUUGAGCACGAGCGUGGCCUGGCCGAGCACAUUGCCUACGCGCUCCCGCAUCUCAUCUAUGCCGCGAUCACGAUCGAAGACGCUCUGCAGGGCUCCAGCAGCCUCGCUGCCUACGUACUUUCGGAAAACCCGGACCAGGACGAGGUCGAGGACCGCUGUGAGGGCGGAUGUUACCCUGAAGGCCACGACUGGGAAGGCCCGGCGCGCCAGCAGCUGGUGCGCAUUGCGCAUACGCUAACCCGCCUUCUAGCAUCUACCGCGUCCGAGCUGCCCGAGACAUGGCACGUCGACGCUGCCAAGGCGGUCGCUGCCGAUGCACCGUUUGAUACACUCACCACGAUCGUGUGCGAUGUGUGGAAGCAGGGCAAGGAUGCGCCGCACAUCUUUUCGCGCAUUCUCGCGCGCCUCUUUUCUGGCAUCUUUUCACUGAGCUCUGCAUCGCCGACCGAAGUGGAGCCAUGGAUCCGGCUCGUGAGUGCCAAAGCGACGCCGGAUGCGUACCGUGGCGCACUGCUGCUGGCGACGCGCUUUGCGGCCGACACCAAGGCGCACGAUCGCGUACGCAACGAACUCGGCGCGUCGCUUGGCGGUACGCCGCCGAGCCGUGCGAAUACUGAAGGCGUAUCGCUGCUGACGCUCCUCAGGUGUGCAGCUCCGCCGCCCGAGCUCGGCCUGCCGCUCAUUCCGAUGCAGCGUGCGGUGCAUGCAAUGCAGGCGGUGCAAAACUGGCUCAAGUCUGAGGAGGAUAUCGACGACGACGUGUUUGCCCUCCUCCCUCCUGUCUGUGCCGAGCUCGCGCCGGUCCUCCAAGGCGUGGCCGGCCGCCCGAUCGAAAUGAUGUUCGACCUGGUCGAGGAAAACCUAGCCGCGGCCGACAUCUCGGCCACCGUUGCUGGCUGGCCCGCGAUCCACACGACGCUGAGUCUGUACGAGGUGCUGCUCUCGCUGGAGUCCGAGCACGUCGCUGCUGCGCUUGCGUCGCACAAAGAGGCAAUUGACAAGGCCUUGCACGAUCUCUUUUUACAGAUCGGCAAGAUGCUGUCGCAUCCCGACCCCACGGCAGACCUUUCGACCGAGUCGAUCAUCGUGAACGCGCCGGUCCGCUGCGCAGUUUAUGAAAAGCUUGCGCGACUUGCCAGUGACCUCCCGCCGAAAAUCUUCGCACAGGACCAGGCGGCGCUGGCCUACAUGAUCCAGAGCACGACGACUGCGCUUCCUCUGCAGUUUGCCGCGUUCCGUCUCUACACGGUGCAGACGCGCGAGACGGUGCGCGAGCAAGUUAUCGAGCUUGCGGUGGCGCCCGAUCAAGCCCCCCAGCCUCUCGAUGCGUCGUUUGUGCACUCGCUCACGCGUUACGCGCCCAUCACGAGCGCCGUGUGGGAUGAAAGCAAGUCGUACUAUGGCCUCUUUUCCUUCUUUUUGCAGUGGCUCGCCAUCUUUGAGCACUUUACUGAGGCGUCGCUUGCGCUGAAAUCGGUAUACGCCGCGGCACUCGAGCAGCACUCGCUCACCGGCUCGCUGCUGCUGCCGAGCAUCUUUGCGGUGCUCGGUGGUGCUCCGCGCAACGAGCGUGCGAUCAAGCCGCUGGAUAUGACCCGCUACGCAAUUGACGACGUGCUUCUCGAAGAGCUGUCGCCGACGAACCCCAUCUCGGCGCAGGUGCUUGCGGCGCAUGUGUACUACCGUGCGCUGAUCCACCUCCCGACGCAGGUGCGCGACUGGUUCCUGUCGGUGCGCGACCGCCAGCUGUCGUUGCAGGUGAGCCACCUCACGACCAAGUUCUGCACGCCGCUCCUGGCCGAGCGCGAGCUGAGCCACCUGCGCGAUCCUACAGCGCUUUCGCGUCUGCAGGACGAGGCGAUGGCAAUCAAGAUUCUCUCGUCGAACGAGGUCGUGGCGACAUACACUGUGGACGAGCACCCGAUGGAGAUCGGCGUGCGUCUCCCCAGCGACUUUCCCUUGCACGGCGUCGAGAUCCGCGACAUUAAGCGCGUCGGCGUCAGUGAGGCGCAGUGGCGUGCGUGGCUUUUGGCCGUGCAGCAGAUGCUCAGUGGCAAGAAUGGUCUGAUCCUCGAUGCGCUCAUGCUCUUCAAGAAGAGCGCCGAGGCCAAGUUCCAGGGCUACGAAGGCGCCGAGUGUGCGAUCUGCUACUCGAUCAUCUCGCCGACCGACCAGACGCUGCCGAACAAGCCUGGGUGA